UUUGUGGCUAUCGUGAAAGGUGAUGCUUCUCUGAUUUCCCUCUCUGUUUCCUUAUCCUUAGUGUAUAGGAAGGCAACUGAUUUUUUGGAGUUGAUCUUGUAUCCUGCCACAUUACUAAAGGUUGUUUAUCAGCUGUAGGAGUUCUUUGGUAGAGUUUUUGGGGUCGCUUAUGUAUACUAUCAUAUCAUCUGCAAAUAACGAAAGCUUAACUUCUUCCUUUCCAAUACGAAUCCCCUUAUGCUGUCUUAUUGCUAUUGCUAGAACUUCAAGCACUAUAUUUUUUGCUGUUGUUGUUUGAGACAGGGUUUCUCUGUGUAGCCCUAGCUGUCCUGGAACUCACUCUAUAGACCAGGCUGGCCUUGAACUCACAGAGAUCCGUCUGCCUCUGCCUCCAGACUGCUGGGAUUAGAGGUUUGUGCCAUCAUUGCCCUGCAAAAUAAUCUUUAAAAAAUAUUUUUAAAAUGCACUUUAAAAUUGUGUGUGUGUGUGAGAAUAUUUACAUACAAUUGCAGGUUCCUGUGGAAGAAGAGGCCAGAGGUGACAGCUUGACCUGGAUUUGGAGUUAUAGGUAGUUGUGAGACACCUGAUAUGAGUGCCUAGAACUGAAGUUGGAUCCUCUACCAGAGCAGUACACACUCUUAUCUGCUGAGCCAGCUCUCCAGCCUCCCUAACAUUCAUCCGCCAUAAAGAAUCUGAGCAUGCAAAAAUAGCUGGCAUGUGUGCACACAUCUAGUUGCUGACACAAUCAGGGCUUGGACUCAAGCAGCAGGUCCCUCUAAGCUUUAUAAUAAUUUAUAAAUAUUUAUCAAAACAGUUACAGUUGUUUUUAUUUUGUGUGUGGUUUGUAUGUGUGCAGGUGAUGCACGCUCACGAACUUGCAGAGGCCAGAGGAGGAUGUCAAGUGUCCGGCUCUACACUCUCCCUCUUAUUCCCUUGAGACAGUGUCUCAGGCUGAACCUGGCAGUCAGCAGACCACAGCAAGUCUCCUGCUUUCAUCGCCCAACCCUAAGCAGUAGGGCUACAGGUAGCUGCACAACCAUGCCCGUCUUCUUAUGUGUGUUCUGAGCACUUGAACUUAGGUCUUCUUGCUUGGCCACCAAACACUCUUCCCUAAUCUCCCUCAAGUUUUUGCACUCUGUUCUCACCCUACACAUCUCUGGAUUCAGCAUCUUCCAGAACCAUCACAUCAUGCAUCUUUUUGGUUUAUUUAAGGGAAACAGUUGAGACUAUUCUUUGAUCAUUACUGUGUUCUUAAUGCAAAAUAGUAGACGUUUGCCUCAGAGAUGCUGUAUUCCACCACCAUACACCAGAAGGUUUAAAUUUGCUGACUCUAUUGUUUCCCCCCUCCCUCUUCUUUUGGAUAGUGCAAUCGAAAUCUUUCUAUAGGCUAAUGCUACAGCACCACGAAUUACAAAGGUAUCAAAGCGAUGAUCUUGUCUACAUGUCUAAGAAGCAUCCUACCUCCUUUCUUUGGUAGGCAUGACAGAAUUUUGCUGUGGUUCCCGACCUUCAGGCCUUCACAGCCGUCCCUGUCUUGCACGGUCUUUAUAACUCGCCACCUGUGUCUUUUAGCCUAUGACUCAACCUCUGUUCACUGCACAUACCUGGCCCAGCGUAAAAGGCCUGGGUGCAGGGAGACAGCUUUUAGGCCUACCCCCCUUUGAAUCUGGUAUGGUCUUGGGCAAGACCCUCCUCAGGCCUGACUUUUACUAGCUGUGAAAUACAUGGAUCAGCCCCAAGAACCCCAAAGUGUGUUACUGGACUGUGAUUAUCUCUGAGUCGUAAAGAAUGGGUGCUAAGGUGGUGAUGUCUUGCUCACAAAGCCAUUUUUUUGUUGUUGAAAACGAGAAACUCUAGGUAGAAAUUUAAGUGGGUGAGGUCUGGAAGGAUGCGUGCAGAAUAAGCGCACAGCUAUUUCAAUGCAGGGGGUGGGCGUGGCGGGUGGUUGUGUCCGAAGAGGGUGGCCCAACAUCCCUGCAAACCUUAGCGUCUGGAGGCUGAAGCCCAGGCCGAGGCCGGUGGGGGACCGCUGCUGCAGCGGCUGCGCACUGGCUUUACCAGUCGGUUCAUUUGCGUGUCUCCGCCCCUGCGACAAGCUGGUUGGAGGAGCUCGGUGUGGUGCUUCACUCUGAUUGGCUGAUCCGCCUGCCGUUCAGGUCCGGGAGCGGACGGUUCCUACUGCGGCUGGGCACCGGCUGGGCUCCCGCGUCGGCCCCGCGUUUCAAGCUUGCGCCCGGCCUGUCCUCAACCCGGCUUGGCCCGGCCCCAGUCUCGGAACGAAGGCGCCGCUGCCGCUGGGCCUUUCGCAGAGCCAUGAGGAAGCGGCGGCAGCCACUGUGGCUCGCGUCAAGGUGACCAGCCGGGACUGCAGCGGCGAGAGAGGCGGCAGGUUAUGUCACCAGCAGAGGUGGCACCGAAGCUCCCUGAGGCCUGGAGACUAUGUACAAGAGGAAUGGUCUGAUGGCUAGCGUGUUAGUCACCUCCGCCACUCCACAGGGCAGCAGCAGCUCAGACUCUUUGGAGGGCCAGAGCUGCGACUAUGCCAGCAAGAGCUAUGAUGCUGUCGUCUUUGACGUUCUGAAAGUGACUCCCGAGGAGUUUGCUAGUCAGAUCACAUUGAUGGACAUCCCUGUGUUCAAAGCCAUCCAGCCGGAGGAAUUGGCCAGCUGCGGAUGGAGUAAGAAGGAGAAACACAGUCUUGCCCCUAACGUUGUGGCCUUUACCCGGAGGUUCAACCAGGUCAGCUUUUGGGUUGUACGAGAAAUUCUAACAGCACAGACUUUAAAAAUAAGGGCAGAAAUCCUGAGCCAUUUUGUGAAAAUAGCCAAGAAACUUCUAGAACUCAACAACCUUCAUUCUCUCAUGUCUGUGGUGUCAGCGUUACAGAGUGCUCCCAUCUUCAGACUGACGAAAACCUGGGCUCUUUUGAAUCGUAAAGACAAGACCACUUUUGAGAAGCUGGACUACCUGAUGUCCAAAGAAGACAAUUACAAGCGAACUCGGGACUACAUCCGAAGUCUGAAGAUGGUGCCCAGUAUUCCCUAUCUAGGAAUCUACCUUCUGGAUUUGAUCUACAUUGAUUCUGCAUACCCUGCCUCUGGCAGCAUCAUGGAAAACGAACAAAGAUCCAACCAGAUGAACAACAUCCUCCGGAUCAUUGCUGACUUGCAAGUGUCCUGCAGCUAUGAUCACCUCACUACCCUACCACACGUGCAGAAGUACCUGAAGUCUGUACGCUACAUUGAGGAGCUCCAGAAGUUUGUGGAGGAUGAUAACUACAAGCUGUCACUCAGAAUCGAACCAGGAAGCAGCUCUCCAAGACUAGUCUCUUCCAAGGAAGAUCUUGCAGGCCCCUCUGCUGGCUCCAGCUCAGCCAGGUUCCGCCGGAGGCCCACCUGUCCUGAUACAUCUGUGGCUGGCAGCCUCCCCACACCACCAGUCCCCAGACACAGGAAGAGCCACAGCCUGGGCAACAAUAUGAUGUGUCAGUUGAGUGUAGUUGAAAGUAAGAGUGCAACAUUCCCAUCGGAGAAGGCCAGGCACCUGCUGGACGACAGCGUCCUAGAGUCCCGCAGCCCCCGCAGGGGCCUCACCCUCACCUCCUCCACCGCCAUCACCAACGGACUCUCCCUAGGCAGUAGUGAGAGCUCAGAGUUUAGUGAAGAGAUGCCUGCAGGGCUGGAAAGCAGGGGACGUCUCUACGCCACGCUGGGGCCCAACUGGCGGGUUCCAGUUCGGAAUUCUCCCAGAACUAGGAGUUGUGUCUACAGUCCCACGAGCCCUUGCACCUGUACUGUGGGCAGCUCAGCCACUGUGCCCACUAUGGAGGGACCUCUGAGACGGAAAACCCUGCUCAAGGAAGGCCGGAAACCUGCACUGUCCUCGUGGACCAGGUACUGGGUCGUACUCUCAGGAUCCACCCUCCUCUACUAUGGAGCCAAGUCCUUGCGGGGCACAGACAGAAAACACUAUAAAUCUACACCUGGAAAGAAGGUCUCCAUCAUAGGCUGGAUGGUGCAGCUGCCCGAUGACCCUGAACACCCGGAUAUCUUCCAGCUGAAUAACCCUGACAAAGGCAAUGUUUACAAGUUCCAGACGGGCUCCCGGUUUCAUGCGAUACUGUGGCACAAGCACUUGGAUGAUGCGUGUAAAAGCAACAGGCCUCAGGUACCUGCAAACCUUAUGUCAUUUGAAUAAGUAUCUGCAGGACUUGGCGUGACUCCAAAGGCUUCUGGGAGCCUGGACUAGGUCUGGUGGAGAAGAGCAGCUCUGGGCAUAAGCCGUGGGCCAAGGCACUGGAGCCUCAUAGCUGGACUCGAGGAACAUGGCCUGUAGCCUCACAGUCCUGGAUGGCUCCCCAGUGUGAGAUCCACCUGUCAACCCACAGCGACUCUCAUGACUCAUCCUGCAGCCCCACCCUACAGGGUGGUUGUCAGACCCCAAACUGCGCACCCUAUGCCCCCUCUCUGGGCCGUCGUCUGUCCACCAGCUGCUUCUGCAUCAAGGGAGCAUCUGACCCACGUUGGGUUCUCCGUGCUUUCUUCUGCACACAGAGUGGAUGGCAUUAACCCCGGAGAGGGCUGGAGAGCAGAGACAGGCUGCUGGACAGGCUUGUUACACCCCAAGUGCACGGGCUGCUCACGCAAGGGCCGCCUCAGAUUUUGUUUACCCCCAAAGCAUCCUCUGUGUGUGUGUGCCAUACAUGCGUGUGUGUGAGCAAGUGAGUGUGAACUCUCUGAGAAACAUACAUUUUGGCAGAAGACUUGUGACAUCACACACUUAACAAUGGCUUUGAGGUCCUGCUUAAAGCUUUAGUUCCAGCCUCAUCCUGUAAGAAGAGUCGGAAGGAGUCCAGAAGCUCUGUGUUAAGGGUCCCUCGAAUUCCUUUACUGUAAACAAACGAUGCCUUAAAUCGUGUCUUGUUUUCUGUUCCUAUGGGUGCUAUUCAUCUGGAUGGCCUGGUUCCUGGGUCCCAGGCCCUCCUGGGUCUUGUCAUUGUCAGCUCUCCUGAGGCAGAGUCAGUCUCAGGACCAUGGACUGGAGCACUGGCCUGCUUGUUCCCCACCGUGAGCUCUCCUAGUGGACCUAUGGCCUUCCUCAUCUCGCCCGCUCCCACCAUACUGGCGUGGGAAGUUGUGGCCUUUUCUCCCAGCAGCUUGGAGGCCCCCACAGUGAUCAAUGAUCAGUUGGGUAGAAGCUACUCCACCCCAUAUUCUCCCACAGGGCAGAAUUCUGCUCCUGUCUUCUCACCCCUUUGCCACCACUGCCAGGGCAGCCACACUGAUUCCUGAUCACAGGGAGCUGAGUGACAUGGAGGCCUUAAGCCCCCUCAGUCUUGCCCCUAAAUGUAGUCACCAGCAUGUUCUCCAAGUCCAAGGACUCAGUUAUUGAUGGCCAGGUGACAAGAGAGCCAAGACCUAGGGAGUGAGAUCUCCAGCGUCUGCACCACGAACAAGGAUCUCUCUGACCUCUUGUCAUACGUAAGGUGGCUUUCAUUCGCACAUUUUAAUUCUGCUCUUUAUCAUUACAGACGCCCUUUCCCCUCCCCCUCCCCCUUGAAUCUGGGCACUCCUGCACUGGGAAGAAAAUCCUCAAAACAAUUCUCUGCAAAAGGCUGAAUUUCUGGGUUCCUGUGGGUAUCAGGGUUUUACACAGUAACCAGUUAUCAAACCACCCCAAAGAACUUCCAACAAUAAUCAAGAAGCUUCAAACAACACCAUAACCGUGAACUCAUCACCAGAAAACCCACUACUGUUUUACAACCAAACAGUGAUACUUCUAUAAAAUGCUAACGACUUGGUAAGGAAGUUGUCAUUACCGUGGAGGUAUGUUUUGGUCAAGCCUUGCUGUCUUCUGAAGCUAAGCUUCCUGUGAGCAGAGCCUGGAUAUUUUCAUGCCAGAGAGACUCCAGGUGAUAAAGUCAAUGGCAUCAAAACUUGACCACAGCUGCCUUGCAUAUCUGCCUAUGCCAGGGGUUCAGGUGUGUUCACCAGAUUGUACCAACAUCUCUUCCAGUUAGAAUCCAGAAGAAUGGCAGUGCCAAACACUGCAGACAUCUCUUGACUAGAACCAUGCCAUGGUCAUACUUUAACCCACAGCCACCCUGAUCCUGCCCUUUAACCUUUGAAGUUAGAAGUUUGGAUAGAGCUGUAAGACCAGAACAUCAGCUAUGAUUUUCCGUUAGGCUUGUCCCCUCUUCAGCUUGUUUUGGGUUCUCACACAUGAAAGAACAGACAUCAAAAGCCCCAGAAUUUCAGUCUCCACUCAGAACUUUCUGCCCUUUACAGACCUGUCUUACUUACCUAGCACACGUGUUUUCUUUGGGGCCUAAUCUGAAAGAGCACAAUCACAAUUAUUUUUAAAUCACCUAAUCUCCCUAAUUAAAACCAGACUCCUCUCCCAGAAGCAUCCUCACCAAGGACUCUUGAAGAAGCCACUUGGACUUUGUUAGUAAAAAAAACCUUGAAGGUGGUGAAAGAGCUCUGGAGAUAGGGUUAAAAGAUUUGGCCCUAGACCAAGCAUAUGAGUUCAGUGCUGGCAUCCCCAGUGCUGGCUUGUCCUACAGGCUUCAGGGGACAGAGGCAGGAGUCCUUUGGUGGACUCUUAGCCUGGAAGGAAGCAGUUCUGCUUUGCUCGACUCUUCUCUAGCAGACAGAUACUGUGAGAUUUGGAGGUUUGCACUGUCAUGCAAACAGACUGUGGUGCCCCCAAAGUGAAAUCUGUAGCAUGAUGUCUGAAAUUGGGAUGGACAACUGCUAAUAUUGUGAAGUCCCAAGAAGAGCCCACCCACUCACUAUUGGGUGACUUCUGUCCCUCUCCAGUGUAUGAGUCUUGUAACUCAAGGUCAGCUGAGUGCAUGCAGCUGAGCAAAAAGCUUUGUGCAUGCAGCCUGGGUUUGGUGGAAAGCAGCAUAAGCCUUGUCCUAAACAUGCCAGUGGGAGAGUGUGGUCCCUCCCCUCCCCUCCCCUUCCCUGACCAGAUGCCAUGGGGCGCUUGCCAGAGUGAGAUGCUGAGCAGGUGGACACACUAGAAUUGUUGGUGAAGGACUUACCUUAUCUUGCCAGUGGAUCUCUCUGUCUUUCUUAUCAAGAUGGCCAGUGUUUCUUCCACCAUUUUGUUCUCACCUCCCAAGCCUAAGAAAAGUGUGGAUUUUUUUAUACCAUUUUUUUUUAGAUAGAAAAUGAUAUGUAAAACUGGGAAGCCAUUUAUAAACCAAGGCUGCUUUAUUCUUCUGGUGGGUUCCACAGCUCUGUACCAGCAUUGCGGCUGCUUGCAACUUCUAUUGAAUAUUGCCAAAGCCACGGGCUCCCUUCUGUGUGACCCUUAAGUUGGCCCUAUGUCAUAGUGAUACAUUGGGUGCUUUCAUGUUACAAAAAAAGAAGAGAAAAGACAGCACAAAGUCCCUUUGAAAUUGUAUUUAUUGUGUAAACAUUCAUCUCUCUAGUGAAUACUUCCUGUACAUCAGGCUCUACCAAGAAUGAAAAUGGCUAGAAACAAGACAACUCCAAUUUUGGCCCUUAGUAGAUCUUACGAGUCAAUGAACAAAUAAUCUCCACCUCACACACCAACUUCGGCAAGCCCUGCUCACUGCUACCCUGAAUACAAAUCUUGUGCAUUGGUUCUUGCAGAAAGUCUUGAGAAGACCCAAAUAGACUGCAUGAGAUUUCUGUGAGAGUCAGUUGCAUGGAGGACUAGCUGAAGCUCCAUCCCUCACACCAGAUUCUGGCUGACUCUGAGCAGCCAGAUACAGAGCUGUGUUCAAUAAUGGUUACAGGGAGAACGCCAAAGGCAGAACGAGAGAGUAGGGUCUGAAUGCUCGCAGUAUUCACAGGCUCCUUCCUUUUAGUCUAUAACUUCAGUGUCAAGUUCAAAUACAGUAUGAGUGGGCGCUGUGUGUCCCUGGGAGCUGAGAACUUGGACUUGGACUUCAGUCCACCUUGUAACCUGCUGCUGCACAAGUAUGCGUCCUGCGGACAGUCCCAGAGUCCCACUCACAGCGGCAUGGCGUAAACCCUCUGCCUAUUGGAAGGACUAUGACCAUUCAGUAAUUAAAUAAUAGCAAUUCAUUUAUUAGUGAGGUAUAACCUUUGAUAAUUUCGUGCCAAAAUGCAUGGUUUCCCACUUAGCAUUUAAAUGUUGCUUAGAGAGUAGUUUUCAGUUUCUUUCUGUGUUCUUCCAAGUGAACUGAAAAUGAGUUUCUCCAUCUUAGUUUGUUUCUUGUUAAAUAUGCUGCAUCCUCCCAAGCUGUCUUUUCCCAGCAGACCCUGCAUGCCGUUGUGUAAGGACUUUCUCUACUAUUUGCAAAUUGUCUCAUCUGCAAUAACCACUGAACAUCAUCCCUCCUUGGGAUUCUUUAGAUUUUUGGUGAAGUAUUUUGUUACCUCAGUCUUGUAUCAAGUUGCUGUAUUUUUCAGCUUGUUACACUGAUAAUAAUUGUUUCACUAAUUAAAUACUUUAAUGUA